GGGGGGGGUUUCGCUGCUGCGCGCGCACGCGGAGCACAAAGGAGACGCCGAGAGGAGGAGGAGGAGCAGGAGCGCCGCGCUUUGUGCGCCGGAGACCUCUUGAGGGGAAGCCGCCACAGGCAAGACACGCGCGCGCGCAUUCACACGGACACCCGUACCCGGCUUGGGCCGCGCUGCGCCUACCUUCCUCCUCCUCCUCCUCCUCGGCGGCCGAGAGAGAGAGAGAAGCUCCUCCUCGGGGAGCCCCUGGGUGGGUGAGUGAGUCCGUGAGUCCCUCGUCUUUCCCCCCUCACGGCGGGCGGAGGCCGCUCCUCCGGGGUCGGCGGGCCGACCGAGAGCUUUGGCCGCCUGAGGCGGAGCGGCCAAAGGGCGCCCUUCUCUUCUCUCCCCGAAGCCAGCGCCCAUUUCGGCACCUCAAAGGGAAAGGGAAACAAAGCACCCCUCCCCACCACAGGCAAUUCUUCCAUUCUGUGGGAAAAUCUCAACGGUUUUAACGAGAUGAAGGGACGUUGGCCGCCGCCUCACUCCUGCCUCACGGCAGGGCCGGCCCUGCCCAGCCUCGUUUGGAGGGGGCUUUUCAUGGGAGAGGACCGCCUGCCCGUAAUAUAACUGUUAUUUCUGGGGUGAGGAUGAGGCAGCUCCUAGGGAAUGAGGUCCACCUCAAUAAAAUAUUCGAGGGGGUCCCCCCCUCCAAAAAAAAAAGUUGAGGGGGAAUUCCCAUCCAAAUGGAAUGGGUGUGCUACGUCAUGGGAUUGAUGAUGCGGGGGUGGGGCUUACCUGGUUCCCCCCCCCCAAGUUGGCACCCCUGAGAUGGGGUGUGUAUGCAGGUAGGGUGGGGUGUUUUGCCUCCCCCUUGCAAAAGAUGGGGAGGUGGCUCCUCUGCGCUUGAACGCAAAGAGAUGGCGUUUUGGGGGACAUCUCUGUGCGCUGAGUGCCACAGGAAGGUGCUGGGAGCUGCACCUGGGAUCCCGGGGAUUUGCACACCCCAUGUCCUUGGAAACUGCCCAGUGCAAGGAGAGGAUGGAGGCGUCGAAGAUAAAGGGAGCAGGGCAAAUGAUUCGGAGAGAAACCACUGGUCUCCUUUGGGUGGGUUUAGCCUUUGACCUUCGGUCUUUGAUGCUCGCUACAGACGCAGCAUCAGCAAUGCUCCUUCUGUUUCUGUUUUCCAUAUUGCUUGAGGAAGUAGCUCCUGGAGCCUCUGUCUGGUGAAUUUUGAGCGAGAGGAGGAAGACACAUUUGUAUAUGCAAAGAGGAGCGUGGUUCUUUAUCAUCACAUGCUCCAGCGGUGGAAGCUGGUUCAAAAGUUGAAUUAAUUAGGACUGUCUCACACCCAUUUUUAAAGGCACAAAUAUACAAAGCUGUAACUUAUUUGCAAGUGCAUGAUGGAACCUGGGUGGUGAAGACCACUAGCACCAGAUUGGAUGAAUUUUAGUGCACAAACUCCUCCAAGAAUUGCUUUUUUGCUUCUGUAAAACAGAGAUUGAACACAAACUGAUCGGAGGGGGAGUAACUCAGGGAUGGUAUCCUAAUUUCACAAUUGACUUAGAUCAGGCUUCCUCAGCCUCGGCCCUCCAGAUGUUUUGAGACUACAAUUCCCAUCAUCCCUGACCACUGGUCCUGCUAGCUAGGGAUCAUGGGAGUUGUAGGCCAAAAACAUCUGGAGGGCUGAGGUUGAGGAAGCCUGACUUAGAUUUUAUGAAUGUUGUGGGCAGCUUUGAGGAUUUCAGCUGGAAAGUGGAAUGCAAUUUGCAAAUACACUUGGACAUGUUUUGAAGCUUCUGUCAACAUGGUAAACCGUUCUAAGAGUUGAGGAAGGAGUCCUGGCAAGACCUUAUUUGGAGUGUUCAGUUCUGGAUAUUGCAGGUCAGAAAAAGCUGUAACACAAUUUGAUUUUAAAGGGCAGAUAUGACAAGGAGAGGCUGAAAGAGUAGAAUAUACAGAAAAACUGACAAAAACAAUAUGCUAACAGUUUCCAAAUAUUUAAGUUUGCAGCCUAACUACAGGCAAGAAGAAGUGGCUUUGAUCUUGGUUCAGUAAUAGAAAAAAACGUAGUGUAAGAAACUGCAUAGACAAGGAGGUAGCAAGAUCUUCCUUGGAGGGUUUAACACAAGGUUGGACAGGUACCUGUCAGAAAUACUAUUUUGAUGUCGAAGGGUUGGGCUGCAGCUAUCUUGGUAUCCAACUCUUUCUUUUGAGUGCUGCUAUGCGGGUUAAACCACAGAGCCUAGGACUUGCCGAUCAGAAGGUCGGCAGUUUGAAUCCCCGUGACGGGGUGAGCUCCCAUUGCUCGGUCCCAGCUCCUGCCAAUCUAGCAGUUCGAAAGCACAUCAAAGUGCAAGUAGAUAAAUAGGUACCACUCCGGCGGGAAGGUAAAUGGCGUUUCCAUUUGCUGCUCUGGUUCGCCAGAAGCGGCUUAGUCAUGCUGGCCACAUGACCCGGAAGCUGUACGCCGGCUCCCUCGGCCAAUAAAGCGAGAUGAGCUCCACAACCCCAGAGUCAGCCACUACUGGACCUAAUGGUCAGGGGUCCCUUUACCUUUACCUUAUGCACCAACAGGGAGCCAUCCUUACACAGUCGUACCUUGGAUCCCAAACGCCUUGCAAGUCGAACGUUUUGGCUCCCGAACGCUGGAAACCCAGAAGUGAGUGUUCCGGUUUGUGAACGUUCUUUGGAACCUGAACGUCCGACUCGGCUUAUGCAGCUUGCAGUUGGCUGCAGGAGCUUCCUGCAGCCAAUCGGAAGCUGCGCCUUGGUUUCCCAAUGUUUUGGAAGUGGAACGGAGGUACGACUGUAUGUUCUAAAAGACACAAAUCUCUUAAAAAGCUCUCCAAAAAUAUAGGCAGACUGAGCAAUGACUAUGGUCAGAGAGCACUCUGCCCAUACUUAAUGAAACUAUCAUCUUUGUCUAGAUAAUGUGCAACGUGGAACACUUGCAUUGCAGACGCCGAGAAUGGUUUCUUAGAGAGUUUUGGAAAUUGACCAGCAUUUCUCUGCAACGUUUGCUGAAUCUAUCGGUGGCUAUCUUGUCACCAUGCUGGCUUGUGAAACUGUUUUGAUAAAGCUGUGGUGAAGGAGGUUUGGUUUAUCAAUAGCUAUCACCCUGUUUACAGAAUGGAUGGAAUUAUUAGUCGUGAUAGCCUACUGCAGGAAUGGGAAACCCGUGGCUCUCCAGUUGUUUGUUGAACUACAUUUCCACUCAUUCUGGACCACGUUGUCUGGGAACUAGAGUCAAAGAACAUCUGGAAGGUCACACGUGCCUCAUCCCUCAUAAAGCAUAGUACAUCUCAGCAUACUAGAUGCUGGGGACAAACAGCAGGUAUCUCCAUCACCUUCAUGCCCUGUUUGUGGGAUUCCAUAGGCAACUGGCUGGCUACUUUGGGAACAAAAUGCUAAACUAGUUUACCGAUAGCAGGGCAGUUCUUAAGAAAGCAGAGCUUUCUUGGUUUCUGAUCCUCUUUGCAUGCAUGGUUUCUUCUCUCUCCAGCACACCCUUUCCUCUGCCAGAAAGGAGGAUGUGUAGCAACAUCUUGUUUCCUUUUAAGUACAUAAUGAAAUGCUUUCUUCUGUGCUCUUUAUGUGGCAAAUGGUCCCAUCUUCCCUUGCCCUCAAACUACUAUUCAUUUUGUACACCUUGCUUGGAACGAAAUCCAUUUAGUUGAAUGUGUUUGGGUCUUGCUACUGUAGCUCAGUAGUUGGUGAGUUAGUAUACUAAUUAUUGAGCAAAUCCUAGUCUAGCUGUGUCACUUAAUCAAACUUUGUGACUUUCCCAGUAGCUCUCAGACACAAUAGUUGUGUCUUACUUACAAAUGGCUACACUUUGAGACUUAUUAAGUGGCAUGUCUUUCUGAGAGCAACUUUGCCUUUGGGUUUCUAGGUGCCAUUUGGACCUGAAGCAAUUACAGUUCACUUUCUUAAGUUGAGUCAGGGAGGAAACAUUUCAACUUGACAGGACACUGCAAUGGACCUCCAGGUGGCCAUAAUGGAACAUCAAAGGGAAGCUGUUGAAUUAUAGUUCAUCAAGAGGUUACAUGCUUUCACAUGGACUAAACUGAUGCAACAGAUUUUUAUUAUACAGUACUGGGGCUGGACUAGAUGACCCUUGGGGUACCUUAAAAGUCUACGAUUCUAGGAUUCUGUGUGGGUUAAUUGGCUUACCAAUGGCAGGGUAUCUGUGUUAUCAACACAACAGUUUUUUUUUUUUAAUGGCGCUGCUAAGAAUGCAGUUAUAAUCCUCUGUAAUUUUCCAUAUUUCUUUCUGACCUCACUGAAAACAUCUCUCUCCACCCUAUUCACAGACACACACUCCGAAUAACAUGUCAUGCAUUUGAUGAAAUGGACUGUAGUUCACAAAAGAUAAUGCCCGGUGUUCAAAAUUCCCAUUGUUCUAGGCGCAUUCUGUGACAGGGAAUUUUAUUAGCACAAGCACUUUCUGAGCUCUGGGUACAGUACUGCACCCAAGAUUUCAGAUUAAAACUGCGGAGUGGAAGGAAAGGAGGACCUUUUUCUGCCUCCCCACUUCCGGCUACUUUCUGAAGAAUAUUAGGGGCGUGGGCAGAGGAAGGACUAAACCAUGUGAAAAAUGAACAUAAUAUUUUAGCUACAAUUCAUUCAUUUUCAGCUUCGUGUUCUUGUUAUUUAAAAAAUGCUCCUAGACAUUCUGUUGUAGCGCCCAUAACCUAGGUUUAAGGUGUCAUUUAGCUCCUAGCUUUCAUAUCUCAGUUUCUAACACUGAUAAUGCCAUAAUAAAUGUGUCAAGUCUUUAAGCUUCCACGGGACUCUUUGUUGUUUUAUAACUUACUUUCUUCACCAAACCUUUAUUAGGCAUUACAAAUAUAGGCCAUCAUAAAACAUCCAUAUAUAAAAUGUUAAAAUAUAUACAAAUAAGCAGCCAUAUAAAAAUAUAUAAUAACGAGAAUUUUCAUUGGAGUAUCUCCUGUUACAUAGUGCCAUUCACCACUCUGAGAGAUACUAUUUAUUGAUAAAAACUUAGCCACCCUUGCAAUUACUUCCGGGUUAAUGUCAGACAGAUAGAAUCUGAUACUUUCAUUGUGCCGUGAUGUUAGACUACCCCAAAAAUGGGGAUAGUACAUGUUUGCGUAGCUGGUUGUACAAUGGACAGUAGAAAAUAAUGUUUUACUGUGUCUGGCACAUUCAUCCGCAAUGUCUACAAUUUCUGGGGAUGUUUAAAUACCUGCCCAUGACAAAAGCUGAGGGGAAAACGUUCAGUCGGGCUAACAUAAAGGCCCUGCAUUGGAGUGGAAUUAUUAAUUUUGAAAUAUAAGUGACCCUGUUAUCCGUUGCAUUUAAACCAUAAAACUUGGGGGAGCAAAUUUUAUUUACAGCUGACUCAAUAUAUUGUUUUCCAAUGUUCCUUAAUCUGAUUUGAAUAUUAUGAUAAAUAUAUUGCUAGCCCACACCCAGUAUUCCUUUGUGUGUAUACUUAGUUAUACACACAUCGUCUCAUACUUGAUUGAACUUGGAGCCCCAGGAUACGUCUCAAGAAACUUGAGUGCAUCUUAUCUAAAUCAGUAUUAUAUUCUUGUAUCCAGUUGCUUUAUAACAUGGUUACCAAGACUAAAUGCCUAUGUGUCUUUAGGACCCAAGCUGCAAUACAGUCUUUAAACUAGGGAUGGUUAAGUUGUGGUUCCCUAGGUCUUGUUGGAGUCUAAUUCUGUUUAAGAAUGGAAGAGCUGUGUCUUAGUGGAAGAGCAUAUGCUUUACAUACAGAAGGUCCCCGUUUAGUUCUCAGUAUCUCCAGGCAUGGCUGGGAGACACCCUUGUCUGAAAACUUGGAGAGCCACUACCAGUCAGAGAAGAAAAUUGUGAGUCAAUAGUUUGACUCAGUAUAAGGCAGGUUCCUGUUUUCCUAGACCCAGCCAGCAUGGCUAAUAUUUGGGGUAGUGGGAGUCCAACAACACCUGAAAGACCUCAGGUUCCUCACCCUUGCCUUAAACCCAAACCUCAUUUCCAGUUAGUUCUUAAGGUCUGCACCAAUCAUGUAUAAAGUGGAGAGUUUGUUUUGAAGAACAAAGGAGCCAAAAGGACUGAAGAGUGAGGUGCAAUCCUCUAACUGCUACUUAACUCUCCGCAGAACCUCUGUCCUAGGGACCUUUUUCAGCUAGACUCUUCUUGCACUGUUAGGGAGCAGGCUGUAGAGAGGUAAACCAGGCGUAUCCCUUUGCCCCAUAUACUCCUUUAUACACAGAACUGUUACUGUCAUGCAGGAUUUGAACUCUAGUGCCUAUUAAUGGUUAAAUAUUUAUAUAAGAAAUCUAUACCGGUAACCUGGAAAAGAACAGUGAACGUUCAGAAGUGUUUACUUGUAAUAAACCCCUUGUGUUAAAAAGGAUAAGCAGACUCUAUGAAAGUGAAGUGCAACAGAAAAUUAGUUAUGGAAAACUUGACCUGAAUAGCAGGUAUGUCUUUUGUUUCAUAAGAAUUAAGAAUGUUGAACAGCAUGUGGUUGCCUUUGAUUGCUAUCACCCUUGCAUGAACCGGAGGGGGAACGCGUUCUUUCUUUUAAGCUAACAGUUAAUGGGCUAUGAGCAGUGGUUGCACCAGGUUAUUUUGUGCCCCAGGCAAGGCUUACUACUUGCACCUCCCCUGCCCCCCAUGCUAACUUAAAUUUUCAAAAACAGAUGUAUUGUAGAAAAAAUGAAAAGCACAAAACUUGAAACUGCUACAUUUAUUUUAAAUUGCAAGAAUUAGUAAUAACAGCAACCUUUGAUUAUCUUUCUCCAAUACAAAAGAAAAUGUUUUAGCACACAAAUCAUUGUUAAUAGCCUUGUGAAUUGUGACAUUACUUAGAGACUUAACUUUUAAAGUUUCAGUUUCAAGCACAUCAGAAUCUCACUUUGCAUGACUUUUCCUUUGAAGAUUUUGUCACCAGUUCCUUCAGGUCAAGUGCUGAUGCCUGGGCAUGUUCAACUGAUAUAAGUUUGAGCUUUGAGAAACAGUGUACAGUGGUACCUCAGUUUAAGAACAGUCCUGUUUUCGAACGAUUUGGUUUACGAACUCCACAAAACCGGAAGUAGUGUUCCGGUUUUCGAACUUUACCUUGGUCUACAAAUUGAAAGCGAACGGUGAAAGGGCACCGGCGGCGGGAGGCCUCAUUAGGGAAAGCGGGCCUCGGUUUUAGAAUGGAUUCGGUUUAAGAACGGACUUCAGGAACGGAUUACGUACGUAAACCGAGGUACCACUGUAUAACACUUGCCACCGACACUGGAAGUGUGAGAAGGAUCCUUAGAACAACAGAAACGUUAGACACAUUAUCCAGGAGUUUUUGUUGUAAUGUGAAAAGAAAUACUUCUUGUGGAAAUCUUUGAGCUAUUGCUAUAAGUUCACAGCACAGAUCUUCAGCAUUAAUAUCUUUGUUUCCAUUGUGUCGCAAUGAUUUUUCCAAAUCCUUGCAGGCCUUAAGUACAUCUUCAGUAGAUUUUUUUUGUUGAUACUGUAUAUAUCAUAUAGGAAACCAAAUAGGGAAUUACAGUGGUGCCUCGCAAGACGAAAUUAAUCCGUUCCGCGAGUCUCUUCGUCUUGCGGUUUUUUCGUCUUGCGAAGCACGGCUAUUAGCGGCUUAGCGGCUAUUAACGGCUUAGCGGCUUUAAGAAAAAGGAAACAAACUCGCAAGAACUCGCAAGAUGUUUCGUCUUGCGAAGCAAGUCCAUAGGGAAAUUCGUCUUGCAGAACGACUCAAAAAACGGAAAACUCUUUCGUCUUGCGCGUUUCUCGUCUUGCGAGGCAUUCGUCUUGCGAGGUACCACUGUAUAUUGUUGAAGCUGUCAGAAUCUCUGUAAGAAUACAAUAGAUUGUAUGCCGUGUCUAUAGCUGGGCGAUAUUUUGAUAAAUUGUCUGAAACCAGUGUGAUGAUCAGAUUGUGAUACAGGUUUCAGACUUUUUGAGCUGGCUCCCCAGCUGCUGACAGCACAGCACACCUCACUCCCAUCCAACUGCCUACCUGCGCUGUGCUGGGGGCAGCUGGGGAGCUGCAAUGUAUUGCCAGCUCAAAUUGCUUGCAGAUGGGAAAGGCGCAGGCAGACAGAACCUGAGAAGGCGCUCGCCCAGAACUUACUCAGGCUCGGUUCGCCUGCCUGCCUCCACCACCUCCUCUGCCCGGGUGGACUGCCUCUUUCUCCUGGUCAGUCACUCCUAGAGCGACCACUGCUGCCCUUGGGCUUCUUUACCAGCAUCUCUGCAUGCUCCCUGCUGAUACUCUUCGAUUCCCCACCCCCCACCCCAGCAGGUUAUUCUGACUAUGCAAUAAGAGGAAAUCCCAGAAGUGUCAGGGGUAUUUAAUCGUGUGGAAGAGAAGCAUCUGUGUACAGUGGUACCUCGGGUUACAUACGCUUCAGGUUACAUAUGCUUCAGGUUACGGACUCCGCUAACCCAGAAAUAGUGGGUCCCAUUAGGUAGGAAAUAGAAGGCCCCAUUAGCUAAAGUGGUCUUCAGGUUAAGAACAGUUUCAGGUUAAGUACGGACCUCUGGAACGAAUUAAGUACUUAACCUGAGGUACCACUGUAUUGCAGGGACAGUCAGAGGACAGUUUGAGAGCUAUACAAUAAGAAUAUUUAUAGAGAGAUAGUUAUUUUGGGGGGGAGGUGUAGCUGUUGUUUUGUAUAUUUUAGAUCUUGUGAUUUAUGUGGAAAUACUUCAGUUUGGUUGUGUGUGUUUUAAUGUUUUAUUUAUUGUUUAUGACUACUUUUGUUAUGUUGCAAAGUGUGUUUUUUCAUGUUGCAAGCUGCCUUGAGCAUGGUUUGAGCUGUGGAAAAGCAACAUAAAAAUAAAAACUCUGUUAUGUAUGGCCAUAAAUGUGUUCUUUUCAGUUGUCUUUUACCAAGAUUUAGUGAAGACAGUUAGAAUAUAUAAUACUGGUUCUUGCUUGUCAGCAGAAAUGUUUUUCUUAACACAAUUCAACAAAUUAAAUAUAGGAUCUAAAUAAAUGCUUGUCUGAAACAUUUCACCAAUUACUCCACCUCCUCUUCCAAUGUUUUCUUGCUUUUUUGCAUCUCUACAAUAUUUAAGAGGAUAUGCUGCCAUAUGUGGAGAUGCUAGGAUGUGUGAAAGAUAAGCUAAUGCGGCACACGUGUGAGAAUGGAACAGCUGUGCAGAGAGGAAGGUUUUGGAUAUGUCUGUUUGAGAAAAAAUGGAAGUUCUUAACAGAGAGGGUUGGUGUAACUUGAAAGUUUGCAUCCUUCAUUUUGAAUAGGGAUUGGUCCUCUGACACAGUCCUAGUACUGCCUCUAUCCUUUCUAAAUUAUAGUACAGUGGACCCUCCGGAUACAAACUUAAUUCGUUCUGGGGGUCCCCGUUUGCACCCCAAAAUUUACGUAAAUAGAGGCGUGCUUCUGCGCACAUGCACAGUGUGCUUGAACACUUCUGCGCAUGCAUGCGGCGCGAUUGUGCGCUUCUGCGCAUGUGCGUGCGGUGCAUGGCUGCAACUCAAAGAUUCCGUAUCCAGAGGGAUACGUAAGUAGAGGUACAGCUGUACAUGGUGGUCUGUCGCUAAUGCUUAAGAAAGCUUUAAUUGUGGUGGCAGUAGUUACUGGCCUUGUUAUGAGCCUCUUUUGCUCUGGACCUUACUUGAUUGGCGAAAUGCAGGGGACUUUGGUUUGGCCUCUCUUUUGCCCAUGUGGUGUCUAACCCUGAGACCUUUGAUCUUGUCAUGACUGAUUGUGUGAUGUUUGAGCCAUGCGGCUCAGCAGAGAGAGCAGGAAACAACAAGCCAACCACAGAAGGGAGCGGAAAUGAAUCAGAUUUCUCAAGCAGCCUGAAAGUCUUGCAGAACAGUGCUAUAUUGUGAGGACCCAGGUGGCAAAGAAAGGAGGCCUUGAUAAUCUGCUUGUGAAGACUGGAGUGUCAUCAGGUAUGACAGUAUAUGUAUCUUACAUGUACCUGUGAUGGACCAGUCAAUAGUAGAGAGUCAAGUGGUAAGUAAGAUGCAGGCAAAGUGAAACUAGGUAGGAUGCUUCAGCAACAGUUUUACUGGAAAGGGAAGAGGCUUAACAAAAUGAGGAGACAGAGAGGAGCUCUGUUCCAUUUAUGUGGUCGAAGGCAUAGAAAUGGGAUUUUGGGAAAUGCUGUUUUUGAAUAAUGAAGUACAGGAUACCAUCCAACUUUGCUCAUUAAUAGGCGUGAUAAUUCAGUUUAGGAAAUUUUACUGCUCAUGUUUAGAUGGUUACUAUUUUAUGAUAUGUUUUUGUAGGAGUAAUUUAUUAAUGAAUGAACUAAAAUUAGAUUACUUACAUAUUGAUAGAUAUGUAUUUGAAUGCUCAUAUGUUUGCAUAGAUACUGAUGACUCUGCUUUAUGUAUUCUAUUGCUCUAUUUCAGACAAAAUGCAUUAAAACUUGGAAAAUAAAUAAAUGGCAGUGUGUGAACUGCAGAGCUUUCGUAGGAAUGUCAAGGUGAACCAGAUUCCUGGGUUUUGCAGCUCAGGAACAGAAGUAUUGUUCCAAUGCAAGAGGCUGCAUUAGCUGUUUUUUCCCCCUCCUAGGUAUCGUGAGGCACCAACUUAAGCCAUACAGCAGGAUAGAAUUGGCCAACUCAAGGGAGUGAAGCUGCAGACCUGUGUGGGAGAAACGUAGAGUUAUGUUCCAAGCCAAGGGACCAGCCAGUACAGCCUCCACUAAUGUAUGUAUUGUAAUCAAGAUUUCAGAUUGAAGAGGUUGCUGCUACUUCCUGGGGAAUGGGUUGAGGGGAGAUAACACGUGCCUCACAGUCCAAUUCUAUGCAUGUCUGCUUCGAAGUAGGUACCCCUGAGUUCCAUGAGAUUUACUCCCAGGUAAGUGUGUAAGGGACUGCACCUUUAGUUACUCAAAUAUAAAACUGACAUGCCAGUCUGUUGCAGCAAAAGCACCCAAAAGAUGGCACUUUAAAGUCUAGCAAAUUAUUAUGGCAUAAGCAUUCACAGACUAGAAUCUUACUUCAUCAGAUGCAUGGAAAGUAAUCUUCCGUUGGAAAUAAUAUUUAACCAGAACAAAGGAGAAGGGCCCCAAGGAUAUAAGUAAAAACAAACAAAAUCAGAAGAACCGUAAAAAGGUAUAAAAGUGAUUUACAAAUUGAUAAAACAAAGCAACAUGCAAAGUGAACAUAUACAAAUAUAAGCAGAUAAAGCCAUAUACAAAUAUAAGCAGAUAAAGCCAUAUACAAAUAUAAGCAGAUAAAGCCAUAUACAAAUAUAAGCAGACAAAGCCACUGUUGCGUAACAAUUUCUCCAAACACUUCAAGUUACGAUAAUGAGAUUGCUUGCUUUGCAUCCUGUUUCUCACUUCGUCAGAACAAAUGGAAAGUUUCUCACAGAUAGCAGUUGUAGACUCCCACGCAAGGGCUAUAUGUCUGGGACAAUGUAAUUAAAACUUAAACGUAUGCAAUACAAUCACAGUGACCAUUUGCAGCAGCAGCAGCGUUAAUACAUUGCUUGCUUGCUUAAUGAACACUUGCUUGGGACAGGAACUCACUACAGUGGUACCUCGGGUUACAGAACUUCAUGUUAUGUGAUUUCGGGUUACGCACUGUGCCGAACCCGGAAGUACCGGAACAGGUUACUUCUGGGUUUCUGCGCCUGCGCAGAAGCGCUAAAUCGCGCUUUGCGCAUGCGCAGAAGUGUCAAAUUGCAGUUUUUAGCUAUUUGGGCAUGUUAGCAGUACUAGGAUAACUGCUGUUGUGAACGGUCAUUAUGCAUAUUUUGAAUUCAUUUAAGCCUCAGACUGUUCUUUUUACAUUUUAUGGUCAUUUCCUCUUUUCAUUCCAGUUGAUUAACCUUAAGCAUUGCACCUGGUGAAAGUUUUUCAUUUUAGAAUUCUGCUUUAUUUGUAGCACUUGACUACAUAGACACUUGGCUCAAGUUGAUGUAAUGUUCCAUUUUGGAUGCUUCCUGCAAUAGGAAUAGUAUACCUUGGAUGUGAGAAUCGUUAAAAAUUUUUAGUUCACUUUCUCAUGUCUGUUCACCAUAUUUGGGUAUGUUUUUUAUGUUUUAUUAAUCAGGAAAACUGAUUUUUGUUACAUCAAUAUUUUUGUGGGGUUCCUCUCUUUCUAAGGAGUCUGUUUUUCAUUUGGCAUGUUUGACAUUUUUAUUGAUGUUAAAAUAUUUCAGAAAACAUUAAGUUUUACUUAAUGUGAAUUUGAUAUAUUUUCUUGUAUUUAUUUAUUCUAUUUCUAAAUAAUUUGAAAAAAAGAUACAAAUAAUGAUAACAAUUAAAAUUCAUCCUAGAAACAGAAAACUACCUUAAUAUGGCUAUUAAUGUCUUAAAACUAUCCUAUUCAUUCUGUUCAUAUACUUGCAGUGCCCUUGAAAAAGGAAUUUUCUGAAAUGCACUGGACUUACAAUAAAUUGCAUUUCUGUUCCCUGGAGUCCUCCCCACUCCACUUUUCUUCCUUUGCCAGUUAGUGAUACUAUCCAAGAUCUGUGGUUGUUUUUACACAAAAGUUGAUGUCAUAAUAAAUUCAUCAGGCUGAAAUCCUGUAUCUUUUGCUGGGGAGUCAGCCCAUUGAAUUCAAACUCAGUGGGACUUACUUCUUUUUUUUUUUUAUAAUUGAUAUUUAUUAAAUUUUCAAAGAAUAACAACAAAAAUUUCCAAAAAAAAUUUGAGGAUACAAAAAACAAAAAUAAUACAUAAACAAAAAAGAAAAGAAAACCCAGCCGCAAAGAAAAAAAAAGAGAAACAGAAAAACAAAAAUAUAAAGUCCUUUACAAUCUCUACUGACUUCCUUUCUAGACUUCCUCCUCCUCCCCUCUUUUGUUUCUUAAUUUUUAAUUUUUACAGCAAAUCCUUUCUGUUUUUUCAUAACAAUCUGUCAUUACGUUUCCUUAUUCUAUUUUCCCUCUUGUCAUAUAAAAACUUUAAAACUCAUAGCUUAUAUUCAAUAUUUACCAAAUUCUUGCAUCAUUACCUUUUUACGAAUCAUUUACCAAUCCUUACUUAAGCCAUGUAAUUUCAUUCAACAUCCUUCAAACAUUUGUAAGCAUUCCCAAUAUUAAAAAGUAAAAAAAAAAAAAUUAAUAAGUCAAAUUCAGUCCAGUCAGCUUCCAACCUCCCCUCCCCUGGACCCGGGAUUGUCAGUCCUUUUAACCUCGAUAAUCCGGCUCCUUAACCUGGUUGUCUCGUAUCCGAGGCCCUCAAGUCUCUUUCUUGCCCCUUUCGCCACUCUUGUUGAUGAUUCCUUUCCAGUCGUGGAUGCUCCAGCAAGAAAAUGCUUUUGACCCUUUGCAGCAAGUCCAUCCCAAACCCAUUGCCCAAGCCAGACAGCAAAUAAUACCACUUCAGAUUUCCACAAAGCUUGGAGACUUCGGCUACUCCAAUCCUCUGAUAGCCCAUCACCAGACUCGGAAGGUCCAAAUAACCAUAUGGAGGGGGUCGAUCCAUCCCCCAUUUCCAAAUCUGACCACAUUUCAUCUUUCCGAAUCUGGUUUGUCCCAAGUUCAUUUAUCAAGUUCAAAGGCUGAUCUUGCCCGUCCAAAGGUCCCUCCAUCUCUGAAGCCUCCGUCACUACAGCAGGUUCAUAUGCUUGUAUAGCCUUUAACUGAAUUUCAUUUGUUUGCUGCUGUGCUCUGGUAACUUCCAUCAUCAAGGUCGUCUCCUGACGCAUCUGGUCCAGCUGGGCACUUAGUUUUGAAAAACCUUCCAGGAACAAUUGUUCAAGCCUUUGUACUAGCAUUGUCCUUCAAGGUCAAAGAAAAUUCUUUCCCACGACAAUAGUCCAAUAGUCCUUCUCUUUUAAUCUCUCUGCGUUGCAAUUUCACUAAAUUCCACUAGAUGGAAAUUUUUUUUUUUUUAAAGGAAUAAAAGCAACAGCAACAAUCUUUCUUUUCCAGAAACACUUUAUCCAAAAUUCCCCUUCCAAAUUCAAGAGGCAACAGUAGAAUCAAAAUGUUACCCUUCUUUUAACUAACUGUCGAGCUGGAUAAACUUCAGAACGUCAAUUCUGACAGCCCGCUCCUGGUUCAGGGCGGUGGAAAAUUGCUUUAUUUUAAACUCACUUCCGCAGGAUUGAAAAGUCCAAAUACAACCCCUUCUUCUCCUGCAGUCAAAGGGGGUUCAGAAAUCUUAGAUGUUGAAUUCUAGUUCUCUUAGAAUUUAAUUUUCAAGCUUUAGUAUAUUUUGUCUUUGCUUUCUUCACAUAACAAAAGAACGGAAGGCGACUUCCUGUUUAGACCUUCCCAUUCCGAGUCCCAAUUAAGUUCAAUUUCAAGUCCAAUAUUAUUUGUUUAUUCACCAGUCUUAAAAGUGGUUCAACUCUUCCAAGAUCAGGUACUCACGGAUAGAUAUUUUAGAUGCCAAAUUGUCCAGGAAAAAGGCAGCGCUCUCCGAUAACGGCAGUGCGGCUUUGCUGCACGGAGGAAGCAGUCGACUCACAGCACCACGCACCUCCCACUCCGGAGCCCGUUACCGGGCUCCUGUACAAGGAGAGAGCGCUCUCGGUGCCCGCCGAGUCCCACGUCCACAGGCUUCUUCCGCCUGUGGUUUUGCGGGUCCCCGCUGCGCCGUAGCGGCAGGACCCAAGCCUCCGUGCAGCGGGUUCCCUUCAGUCCGAAGGGAAUUCCGCCAUUUUCCGGAGGCGCCACCCCGGAAGUUCCAGUGGGACUUACUUCUGAGUAGACAUGUAGAAUAUUGCACUGUCAGCCUUUAAGGUGCCAGAAGACACUAUUGUUUUCAAAAUUUAUGUUCACUUAUCCUUCCAGUGAAUCCUGUGGAUUGUAGUUUGUGGAAGCAAUUAUCUGUUCUUAAAUUCUUGUGUUCUUUGGAAAAUCAAUGUGAGUUAAACAGGACUCGCAUGGUUACGUUCCAACUCUAAGAAAUAAUCUCCCUUUAAGGGGGUUAUUGAGAACUUGCUUAUGGUGGUUGUCUGCCCAAACAGUGCAUUACAUAAUGAUCUAGGAAGAAAGUGUGAAAUGGGACAUAAAUAUGAAAUUCUAAAACUGCUUAAAAAGUUGCAGUAUCAAAGCUUACAAUUGUGAUUCUGUGCGAUCUCUUUCUAUUCCCCAUUGUUUCUUAAUGCAGAUCAUAACAUGAUGCUCUCUACUUUGUAUAAUUAUCAAUUGCAUUUUCCCUCUCCUCUUUCUUUAGGAGGCAAAGAGCAACUCAGGGGCAUCCACUGUGCAGAGAUCCAAGGUAAUUACCACCCCAGUUUUUACCUUUGGGCAUGAAUGUUUCCCCAGAAGGUGUGGGGACAGUCAAAUAAAAACACAGCACAACAACCCCUGCAACUCCUCUUUGCUUCAGAAGCAGCCUUGUACCAUCGCUGUAGGAAAUGACAAUUUUACUGGCCUCAGCAUCCUUGGAACUCGUUAAGUGAAUAUGCAUUUCUUUUUGAACUUGCUUUAAAGAAGCAAAAAAAAACCUGUUAUUGAUUAUCCUUUUCGGAGGCUUCUAAGGCACUUAUUAGUAUAUAAAUUGCUUUAUAGUUCUUAUCUCAGCUGCUGACUCAGUUGGAUCUUUAAAGCUUUCCCAUCACCUCAUAGUCCUCUUUAAAGGCAAACGGCUCCAUCGCUGUAGCUCAUGUUCCUGCGCCCUGUUGUUGGGGUAACUUUGUUUAUGGAUCUUCAAAGGAUGCACACCAUAUGCAUGCGACAGUACCAAAAGCAAAAUAAUUCAGCUCCGGGAUCAAAUUACACAUUAUGUAGUCUGCUGAGAAUGUAACACAGCUCAAGGGAGGGAGGGGGGUGCAUGGAGAAAGAGGCUGCCUUUGCCUUUCCCCUCUGGUCCUUGCUCAGAUUGUAAUUGCACCCCCUCAGGGACAAACUAGAGAGGAUAUGUGAAACGUGUAAAUGCAUUUGACAUACAGCUACCACUGGCGGAGAUUGGCCUCAAAACCAUGCCAUAUAGGGGUGGGAGGAGAGGUCUAACCAUUCCCUUGCAUGCUGCACUCCCAAUUAAAACUCAUCCCUCUUUCCCAAAUUGAUCCCAGGAGGAAGCUUCCGCUGGCACAAGCUACUUUGGGUUUGAAGCUCCUCCCCCUCAACAGAAACACAGAACUUCAGUUAUAACACGGAGAGGGAAGGGCUGUUGCUCUAGGCAUGCAGAAGGCGCCAGGUUCAAUCCCCACUGUCUCCAGGCAGGGCUGCGUGGGUCUCCUGCCUGACACCUUAGAGAGCUGCUGCCUUGAUGUGAUGGACCAAUGGCCUCACCCUGCGUAAGGCGGCUUCUAAUACUGUUUGAGCUGCAAUGUGGCAGCAAUAGAUAAACAAUUGACAAGGUGGAAAGAACCAGCCGAACUGUCUUUGAUUUUUAGUGUGCAUUCAUGUAUUAGGUUUUUGUGACUUUUUCUCCUUUUCAUUAUUUUUUAUCUGCUUAUAAUUGGCCAAAUGCCUGCUUUGGGUGGGGUCAUAUUCCUCUGAAGGAGCAGAUUCGUAGUCUGGGGAUGCUCUGGAUCCAUCUCUGUGGCUAGAGCCUUUGGUGAUCUCAUUGACUAGGAGAGCUUACCAGCUUUGGUUAGUGAGAGAUGCUGCAGCCAUUCCUGGACUGGGAUAGCCUGACCACCAAUGUCUUUGUGCUGGUCCCCUCCACAUUGGGGCUGUCCUUGAGGCUGACUCAGAAGCUAGUGCAAAAUGUGAUGACUCAGCUGCUGGAUGGGGCAGAAAUUACCAUAUUACACCAGUGCUGAAAGAAUUACACCAGCUGCCUGUUAGCUACUGGGAUAAAUUAAUGGUGCAAGUACUGGUAUACAGAACCCUUUACAGCAUGGAACCAGGAUACAUAAAAGGAUACAUCUUCUUAGGAGGUCCGCUUCACAUUACUUUGGAAGCAAGCCUUCAGUUUGGCAGAACUCCAUCCCAUUAUAUAUCACUCAAGGAUCAUCUCUAUUGUCAUUUAAGUUAGGAUUGAAGACUUUCCUCUCUCAACAAGCCUUCUAAGUGGAGUUUGUUAUCCUGAGUGGUAUUUGUAUUGGAUUUAAAACUUAUUUUAGCAGUUGUUGUUUCUAGAUGUUUUUAAAUGUGUAGUUGUUUUAACUCUCUUUAUAUAUUUGGAUAUACUGUGAGAUCACAUUGUGCUUUUGCUGCUGUCACUCAGUCUUUCAGCUUGAAGGCCCAGGUGAAGGAGACAUGCAGUGCCUGCCAGAAAACUGUCUAUCCCAUGGAGCGCCUCGUGGCUGAUAAAUUUGUCUUCCACAACAGCUGUUUCUGUUGCAAGCACUGCCACACCAAGCUCAGGUGAGAAGGGCAGGGGGAGCAAAACUUUGCUAUUGGGGAAGGUGAAGAAGAUUUGGGGAUGGGAGGCUAGGUGGUUGGGUUCAUGUCAAACUCUCCCCACCAAUCUUAUAUUUAUGGUAGGCCUACUCGCACCCCAGAAAACCAAUGAGGAACUGGGGACAAGCACAAGACGAACCAGAAAUGUUGAAUAAGAAACCCAUUUAGUUCCUUUAUGAAAUUUCAUGUUCUCCAGAUUCUGUACUGAGGUACACAGCAGUCUGUCCACAAUGUGGGAUUGAGGCAGAGGAGUUUUUCUUUCGGCAGUGACAACUGCUCUGAAGUUUGAACCUUGAUCAGAAGAGGGUGAGAGGUUUGGUCUGAAAGGCACGUACAUAAGACCACACUUUUUUGUUUCAGCUUUAUGCAGUUGUGAAUAUUGACACAGAUUUAAAGAGUAGGAUGAGAGGGCACUACUCCUUCCUUUCCUGCUCUGCCAAGGCAAUUAGGGCAAAUUAAGGGAUUAAACAUACCUGUCUGUUGAAAAGUACCAUACAGUCCAGUAGGGUUUACUCUCAGGUAUGUAGAUCUAGGAUUGUAGACUAAAUGCCAAGUUUAUGCAACUAGACACCCUUUAUGUCUUACAAUUAGGAGAACAGAAGUCAUCACUUUGAGAUUAAUUGGAAGGAAUCUUUUUAAAUUAUGAAAACCUUGCCAUCAUUCAAUCAAUUUCUAUAAAUUCUUCUGAGGUUGCCUGUUCUUGCAAAUGUGACUUUCUUGGACCAAUUUAUUUUGCCCACAUUUUUAAGAGCUGGUAACCUUAAGAGUUACGGGGAGCUCUCAUUCUGAUGAGAUUGCCAUGUAAAACAAAAAGGCUGGUGUAAACUCAGCCUUUUAACGAAGAAGGGGCAGUGGCAGGGACAAACUAGCCUUCGUGCCUCAUUCUCCUAUGUUCUCUUCCGUUGUGUUUCUUCAGUCUUUUUCCUAGGUGGGCUUUAACAUGUGCUUUCCCUUCCUUCCAGUUUGGGUAGUUAUGCAGCUCUACACGGGGAAUUCUACUGCAAGCCACACUUCCAGCAGCUAUUCAAGAGCAAAGGCAACUAUGACGAGGGCUUUGGGCGCAAGCAACACAAGCAACUCUGGCUGCAGAAAGAGGUGGAGAACGGGACCGAUACAGCAUGACGAAGCAGGCCCCAAUUUCCCCACUUUGAGAGCCCUGGUAUGGGGAUGAACUGAGCUGAUGGAAAGCAGUGGAGCUUGCAAGGGUUGCUGGGAGCAGGGAAAGCCAGGCAGAAACAAGAGUAUGGUUCCAGUGUUGUGGGAGCAAUGCUACCUGCGUAUCUGGGAACCCCAGACACUGUGCCCAUGGAGGGGUGAGAGUGGAGGAUCUUGAACAAAUCAUGUAAGAGCAGGCACACCAGCAUGCUGGUGGGGGACAGGGGUUGCAUGAAUGAAGCAACAGAUACUGGGGCUUGUAUUUCCAGACUUCUUUAAUGUGAUUGCAUCUGUGAUAUAAGCUCCUGAGCAGGAGAGAUCCAUGUUUACCACACCUUCUCCUGUGCACUACCAUGUGGAAUGCAAACUCUCCCCUCACUUGUCACACAUCUUGCAAACUCAACUACAGAUCCCAUGAAACAGCCUAGAUUGGGGAAAUUGCCAGGUUACAAUUUCCUUUGUCAUAGAACCUUGGGCCAGAGAAACUUUCCCAGCAGGCUUUAGUUAAUGCCUACUACACCUUAUGUUUACAAUCCAAUCCCAUCCCAUCCAGUUAUGGAGUGGCAAAGGAGAAUGGCUCUAUUAAAAUAUCUGGUUGCCUGGAUAAACACAAAUCCCGCUUUUAAAGGAAAUUUUAUGAUGGGGCAGGGCACACAGUAAAUGCUGAAUAUUAAUUUGGCCAGAAUUCAUUUCUACCUCUCCCUUUAUUUAAAACAUUCCCAGAUUAGCCUGUACUUCCUUUCCUGCUGGGAGACUGUGUGCUUCUGCUGCAGAGAUCACACUCAUAGAUAGUCCUGCUAAGAAAGCAUGGAAAGAGAACAUGCUGCUUUCCAGAGCAACUAGUUUUCUAUUGUGACGACAGGGCGGGAGAAGCAAUCCUGAAGAAACAGAGGGCGAGUGUGGAGAUAAUGCAACAAUGACUGAAAUGUGCAUACCGAUCCAGUUUUGAACACGAAACAGGAAUUGGAUGGGAUUCCAAACCUUGCACCUUCAUUUUCAUCAGCUCGGUUCUGCCCAAACAUUUAGCCUUAAAUCCUGGGGAAGCAUUCAAUGUCUAUCUUUUAUAUUUGCCUUUUUCAGUGGUACGUGGUUAAGCUGAAGCACAAACUCGUGGUGUUGUGUCCAGAGUUGCGCUGUCUGCUGUCUUAUUUUUGUAAUAUAAGUUUUCUGAACCUUUCUUGCUUCAUGUUGUUCUGUGAAACAGUUUGAGGGGGUGAAAUUUACAACUUAUCCCAUUACAUGCAAGUUUCCCUAUUCAAAUACUGGCAUGAAUUAUGCACAGGAGAACAAAGCAGCCGUUUUGUUUUAUAUAUAUUUAAAAAAACAACUCAGUUGUUUCCUGUUGUAAGGAAAGCUAUGAUGCAACACAGACUGCAAUAUGGAGGUGACCCAGCAUUGACAAAUUUUGCAGCGGCUGCUGGAGCAGAGAGAGGAAGAUAUAAGGUAGAUUAAGUAACUUAACUGUGUCUGCAUUCCACAGCAGACAGAAAGGUAGACGCCCACAAGAGCUGCCACCACAAUCCAGUUAGUCUAUAAGGCAUCAGAUAUUACAGAGACUUCUAGUGCUGAGACACUCAUAAAUUGCAGUCCACUCCACUUUGCAGAAAGGGAAUAGCAUAUACCAUGAUAAAGUUGGGAGGUGUGAGGAAGGUUGAUGGUGGAGGGAACUCCUUGCCAUAUUGACAAGAGCAGAGACCUUUUAGCUGCCUCUAAAUAACCCAAGCAUCCAAACAACAGAGGUACUUACAAAACAGUACUAGCCAAAAAUGUUAUUUUAUUGUAAAUAAAAGUUAUACUUUGGCCCGGCUUUGCACUGCAAGCCCCGGUCAGUAUAGAUAUUUAUAAAAACAGAAAGACACAAGUGGUUCAAGGUCUUCUGUACACUCCAGGUUCAGUUGAUAAACUUCACAAUGCUACUGCUGGCUUAUGAGGCACACAUGGUCCACUUGUUAAAAAUACUUAAGUUCCCCCCAUUUAGGUUUCAAUAAAUCAAACCACUUAUUCCAAUACAGACAAUUUAAAUCUAUAGGUAAUACUCUGGAUUACAGAUCAGCAGAUUGAGAAGCAAAAUGUGCAAUCUUCUAGUUUCCACAUAGCAAUUUCAUAAUCAUGCUGCUGUGCUGUAGAGGCAGCAAUCUUGGUAGAAGCAAACUGCAAUAGUCAGUGGGACUUCCUUUCAACUGCUUUGGACUAUAAUGUAAUAAAGGUAUAUUCUUCUCUAAAACUUUACCCUGAAAUCAGAUAUUCGAACAGCCCCCCAUACCCAGGAAUGCAGCUGUUCUUCUAAAGGCCAAUAAGAGAAGAAAUAAAAGCUGUCUGGCAAGGGUAGCUUUCUCCAAUGCAAAAAGCUAUUUUAAGAUGUGUUUGAAUCAUUCACACCCACAGUAACCAAGACAGAAUAAUCCUGUUUAGCAGAACAUUAAGAGGGUGAACCUGGAGGAUACAGAAUCGUCACGCCAAGCCCAAAACACCGUUAUUUUCUUUCCUCACAUAUGGUUACAGUUCCAUCUGGGAAAAUUUGCAAUUUAUCCUUCAGCAACCUGUUUUCUCAUCUGCACCCAUGGGGACAAGAAACUUACUGAAAGCGAAAGUGCAAAUGAAAGUAUCAGGGGGCACAAAGUGCUUGAAAAUGAGUAUGAACAGAUUAAUGGGGCUUUAUACUACAGAAGGAAUUUACGGUACUUUCUUACUGGAAAUGGCUGAAGGGGGGGUAAGUUACUGGCCAUUUUUUGGUAAUUGAUUUAGCUGCAAUUUUAGGGACAAAUCAAUCCUUCUAAAUUGUUUUGAGUAGUAAAUCAAUCCAUAUGCAACAAGUCAAUGUCAAAUCCAGGUUGAAGACAUCCAAUAAAGGUUAUGCAAAUGGAUGUUCCCAUCCAGUAACUUAAGUAAGAUUUACACUGGUGACACUGUGCGCUGCAACAGUUUAAUCAGAUUUGUAAUAAACCUAACCAGGACUCCUGGACAAAGCCUAUGGAUAGAUUGCUCAUAAAACAACCCAUUCCGGAUAUUUUAUUAUUGGGAUCUAUGCUAUUUCUAUGAAACGAAUUCAACAUUCCCACUGCCCCAAUGGGUGCAUGAGGAAACAAAGAGGUAUUUUGGCUUAACACAUUUUGUUAUAAAACUAUAUUCAAAUUUUCUGCAAAACCAGCUGCUUCUCUCCCCACUUUUAAAAUUCAUGAAGGUGUCAAUUUCUUUCCCAUCCCAUAACAGUUGCUAUACAUAUCUAUAAAAAUCAACAAAUACAGCAUAAAUAAAAAAGAUAAGAGGCACCAUCAUUUGUUUACAUGAUGUAAAAAGCAUAACAAAUAGGGAAUGAUAUACACACAUUUGUAAAAGUGCAUUGCUGACCAUACAAGUAAUGCUUUGGCUUAUUUCUUAGGCUUAAUCAGAGGCUCUGGGUCUGGGUUCUGGAGUGUAUCAUACAAAGGGGGAGCCCAGCCAACAUAAUCACAUUAUUGGAGACAGGUGGAGGGAAAGCCUGCUGCCAGGCAUUUGCCAAGUCACAGGAUACACAGACCACAGUUUGGGCUGAGGGUGGGCAUGUUUCAGGACAACAAACAUUUCAGGCCUCUCUUCAAGUCCUUCAAACAUGUUGGCAGGUGAGAUAAAGGGGCUGGGGGAGAGAAUCACUGCAGGUUUUUUGAGCCUCUGUUACCUGAAAGGAACAACUCACACUACGUACUUCCUUAAAUCCUGGAUUCUCCCCUCAGAAAACAGCAUCCAGUCUUAAAAGUAGCAUUGUGGAAGCCUUAAACCAGGCAUGGCCAAACUUGGCCCUCCAGCUGUUUUGGGACAACAACUCCCAUCAUCCCUAGCUAACAGGACCAGUGGUCAGGGUCAUGCCUGCCUUAAACAGAGCAGAGAAGCUACAUUUACACCUUAUCACUGCUACAAGGAAAGAACUCUUACCUUUGCUACAUUUUAUUCACAUGACGACUGCAUUCUGCUUCAGAUAUACUGCUGCAGGUCCACUGGAAGCAUGUUGGCUGUUAAUGAACAUGUCAAGCUGGUAGGCUGCCAGCUUGUGAUUUAAGUAAACAUCUGUAGCCCUGUAAAAAGCUGAGGGAUGGUAGCAAUCCUCAACUAUGCAGAGACGAAAACAGCUGGCUACCCUAAGACGGUGUCAACGUGCCUGUCGUAAAUGACUCUUGGCUGGAAAGAGGAGGGAUACAUUUUACCUCUUUUAAAGGCUAAGAACAGGUGAUUGGAAGCAUGACACAACAGAAGUACACAUUCUUUUUGCAGCACAACACAUUGGUCAAAUUGUUCAGCUAUCCUAGGAAGUGCAUUUUUUGAAGCGAACAUUUCUGGAAUGUGAGCAGGUCCUUAUGUUACACAGGCCCUGUCUGACUGCCUCUGGUUCCCAGUCCGAGGUUUUAUACAGCAAAACAAGCAAAUUUCCCUUGGCCGCUAAACAGUUAGUUGAAAGAGGAUACUGCUUAGAUUGCCUGCAAUGAAGUUUGUCAUGACUUCCCCUUUAAAAAUCCCCAGGAUUCCUAGCCAAAAGAUAAUGCACAUUUGAAAUCAGGCCUUGUCCCUUUGUUUCACACAACUGCUAGAUUAGAUGACUCUAUGAAAACACAAUCACAAGUACAGCUUUUGCAUAAAUAUCUCCCUCGCCUGUGCUGCUCAGGCAUGUGUCUUCCAUUUAUAAAACUAUUUUUAUCCAAGAUCACAUGAAAACCUCAAAACAAAUGUCUUUAUUAGGCUUAGCAGCAGUCUUUCACCUUUCCCUGAAAUAAGACCUUGGCAGCACUGGAAAUGUCUUUGGUUUGAAGGACUGGCAAAAAACUGAGUAUGGCACCAGCGGCUGUUCUGCAGAAAAUACCUGGGUGGAAGAAGACAUCUAACAGAUAUAGAAGAGCCUGAAGUUUCAAAGGAACAGCAUUUUCAUAGGAAAGCUAUUAACAGCUGCAUGAUAGGCCAGCUGUAUGAAACUCCCAACGUAGGGCUCUUUCUCAUCAGCUGCGAGCAAUAGCUGUCCUACGGCAACCCCUGUCUAUAUCCAGCAUGUGAUACUCUGUGCUAAAACAAUCCAUAAAAAUGUCACAUUCCAUGAUCUCAAUAAAUUAUGCAAAUAAAGUAAAAAUCUGUAUAUAUUCUUGUUUUUGAUGAUUUAUUUGGCUUUUGUUCUUUGUGCAAAGGCACUAAGCACAUGCCACAACUGCUGUAUCCUGCUCAGCCCCCUGUGACUUCUAAGAAGUUACUAGGCACCUCUCAAACCCUCCACGUUUAUUAGAGUUUCUCUGCAGCCAUGAAGACCAGAAACUUGUUUUGAAAAGAAUUAAAUUAAAAUAAAUAAAAGUUAGAAAUACUGAAUCUUAGGAUGCUGAUUUUUGUGCCAGAUAAUAAAUCCUGUGUUAGCACAGUUAUUGCAUAGACACAGUCCUGAAUUGCACCUUCAGACAGCCCUGUCAAAAUGAAGCUAGAUUCCCUUGUUUCAUUCAGGGGCCACUGCUGUGUAGGCCUCGUUGUGCUUGUGUUCCACUGUAACCCCCAUCUCAUCAUCCAGAAAUGUGGAUAGGAGAGAGUUAAAAGGCAAACAGAAAGAAAGUACAACUCUGCCUCCAGCUCCUUGGGUUUGUCAUUAUAUAAAAAACAACACUAUUCACAUAUUCUUCUAAAUCAAUAUUUUCUGAACACUUUCAGAUGCUGAAUACUUAAUAAAAUAUAUAAUAAUUAUUAUAUAUAAUAACUGAGUCCAUGUUCUCUGUGGCACUUGACACUGCGGAACAGCGAAACACAGAAUGCUAGCCAACACACAUUUUUGUAGCUUUUAGAAGCUAUCACAAGUUCUGACACCACAAGCCCCCUUCCACUUUGGACCAGCUUCUGAUACACAGCUACAUUCAAGUGAGGCGGUUCCUAAGCCGCUCCCAGCUCGUGUGCUUGUGGGAAGCAUGCCACCAAACAUUCCAUGGCGGCAGCACAGGUAAGGACAGAGAUGCAGAUGUAGGUUGCACAGCUGCUAGAAGCAUCAAUCCAAAGAAGAAUCUAUCCAGAUAAAAGCAACUGACGUCCCUGCCUUGCUCCUCAAACACCGACUGCCUCUCUAGGCAAAUAAGACAGCUGUGGCAGCAUUUAUUUGGAGCUGCUGCUCGGAUAAGGGCCACAGCACAGCAUCCUCCCAAGGAGAAAAUGCUAAAAGCCAAGGAAGAAGUACUGUUUCUGGGGAGGGCAAUUCAGUAUGGGAGCUGUGCAAAGUGAUGCUGGAGCAGCUCUUCAGCUGAGGGUCUCUGCCGGGCUUCUACAAAGAUCCGCUUUAUAAAGUCCCGGCAAGUUUCUGAAAUGUGGGAAGGCAGCUGGGGGUUAGUUGGCUGUGUGGCAAUCUUGAAAAUGGCUGCCAUGGCUUCAUACUCUGCCCAGGGUGGCUUCUCUGUUAGCAUCUCCACAACAGUACAGGCAAGGCUCCUGGGGAUGGGAGAACAUAGAAUUCAAUUAUCUGUAUUAGAAAACGAAAAGGCAGUGCUGGAGUUUCUUGUGGCAGUUCCCGUGACACCCACACAACGGGCACAAUUGAGAUAAAUUAAGGAGGAGAAGCAGAAUUAGCCUGUUGCAACCUAAAAAAAACAGCAAGGAAGCUUGUGGCACCUUACUAACAAAUAUAUUGGGGCAUAAGCUUUUGUGGAUCAUUUAGAAGGAUCAGGACAUAGAGGGCUGAAUAGAUAACCAAUAUCAAACAAAGCUGAAAAUGAAAGUGACUCAGAAGCCAGAUUAUUUUAAAAUUCUUCAUCUCUUUGGCCAAGUCAAACUACGCCAGAUCCAACUUUCAAUUCUGAAUGAAGCUAGAGAAAAUGACAAAUAUUCUUACAACAUAACUCAACUGGAGAAACAGCUUUGUCUGGAGAUCAACUGAACUCACACAACUCAUUUUAUUCCUACAGUACAC